AUGGAUGACCUGGAGUCGCUGGAGCUGUUUUCGCUCGUGUCGCGAGUGACAAACGAGCUCCAGAACUACCUAGGCAUUAACGACAAGACUCUGGCCGAAUUCGUGAUCGACCAACACCUGAAAUGCAGCGGCCACUUUCCCGAAUUCAAAAAGGGACUCGACGAGAUGGGGGCUGAGUUCCCGCAAAGCUUGAUGGAGAGUAUUGAUCGCCUUGUCCUUACAAUGCACCCAAAGUACAAGUCAAAGAAAACGCAGAAUGGCGACUCGGGCCCCGGAGAAAAUGACUUGAUGAAUGAGCUGGAUGCUCUGGAGAGAAAGUCACGAGUGUUCAAGGGACUGGCAGUUCCAGAUAGGGAGAAGCGCUGGGAGGAGAACGACUACCUCGAUCGCCAGGCCGCAAACGAGACCGACGCACGAGCAGGCGCCAUGGACGAUACUUUCGCCAUGUUGGAGGGCCUCGCUGGGAAGGCGAAAGACGACAACGCACCCGCUCCAAGAGAUGAGCGCAGCAGCAGGAAACGGAGUCGCAGCCCCGAGUACGACGAUCACAACCGCGGACGCCGACACAGAGACAAAUAUCGGUCGAGAUCAAGAUCAGGGAGCGCCCAUCGCCAUAGCAAGGAUGACGACCUCGUGGACGAGUUUAGAAGAUCCAUUGGCAGACACGGCAAGCGGGAAGACGGCCAUCGCAACGUCCACAACGACCGUCGGAGACGUCGGGACCGUGACCGUGACCGUGAUGAUGACGAGGAAUACUUCCGACGACCGCCACCAAUCGAACUGGACGAUCAGCCAAUUUUAUACAAGAUUUACGAGGGGCGUGUAACGGGCGUGAAGGAUUUUGGUGCCUUUGUGAAUCUGCAGGGGGUUCAAGGGAAGGUCGACGGCCUCGUCCACGUUUCUGCGAUGCAAGAGGGCGUGCGGGUGAAUCACCCAGGUGACCUUGUGUCUCGUGGACAGCCCGUCAAGGUCAAGGUUGUCAGCAUCCAGGGCAGCCGUAUUGGACUGUCAAUGAAGGAGGUCGAUCAGGUUACAGGAAUGGAUAUUGUUCCCCAAAAGCGACUGGCUUCAGGCGCGAACAUGGAACGCCUCGAUGGAGCAUCAGGAAACGACCGAUACGGCAAUCUCAGUUCAGAUGUGCCCGUUAUUGAAGAAUCAAAUGGACGGCCGAUGAAGAGCCGCAAACGUCUUACUUCGCCUGAACGAUGGGAGAUCAGACAGCUCAUUGCUUCUGGUGUCGCAUCCGCCGCCGACUACCCCGAUCUCGACGAGGAGUACCACGCCACGCUCACCGGCGAGGGAACGUUUGAAGAGGAGGAAGAUGUCGAUAUUGAAGUUAAGGACGAAGAACCUCCUUUCCUGGCCGGCCAGACAAAGCAGUCACUCGAACUCUCUCCUAUCCGUGUCGUCAAGGCUCCUGAUGGCUCAAUGAACCGUGCUGCUAUGUCAGGCACCAACCUUGCCAAGGAGAGACGCGAAUUGAAGCAACAAGAGGCACAGGACAAGGCUGCCGAACGGGCCGCCGAGGUCGACCUCAAUGCACAGUGGCAGGAUCCCAUGGUUGCACCGGAGGAUCGCAAGUUUGCUGCGGAUCUGCGUAGCACACAGCAACCGAAACAGGAUGAUGCGGUACCAGAGUGGAAGAGAGUCACCAUGGGCAAGAACCAGUCCUUUGGCAAGCGGACCGACAUGAGCAUCAAACAGCAACGUGAAAGUCUGCCAGUGUACAAAUUCCGCAAACAGCUGCUCGAUGCCGUAAAGGAGAACCAGCUGAUGAUUGUGGUUGGAGAUACUGGCUCAGGAAAGACCACGCAGUUGACGCAGUACUUAGCUGAGGCUGGAUACGGAAACAAUGGUAUCAUCGGUUGCACUCAGCCUCGUCGUGUCGCUGCCAUGUCCGUGGCAAAACGUGUGUCCGAGGAGGUAGGCUGCAGACUGGGAGCGGAGGUUGGAUACACAAUCCGUUUCGAAGACUGCACGAGUCCGGAGACCAAGAUCAAGUACAUGACAGAUGGAAUGCUUCAGCGAGAAAUUCUGCUCGACCCAGAUCUCAAGAGGUAUUCUGUGAUUAUGCUAGACGAAGCGCACGAGCGAACAAUUGCCACGGAUAUAUUGUUCGGCUUGUUGAAAAAGACCAUCAAGCGAAGGCCCGACCUCCGCUUGAUUAUUACAUCGGCUACUUUGGAUGCCGAGAAGUUUUCCGAAUACUUCCAUGGUUGCCCUAUCUUCUCAAUUCCUGGACGAACAUUCCCUGUUGAGAUGAUGUAUUCAAAGGAGCCAGAGUCUGACUACCUAGAUGCUGCUCUUAUUACUGUCAUGCAAAUCCACUUGACUGAACCAGCUGGUGAUAUCCUUCUCUUCCUUACGGGCCAAGAAGAGAUUGAUACUGCCUGUGAGAUAUUGUUCGAGCGGAUGAAGGCAUUGGGUUCUACAGUCCCCGAGCUGGUCAUCCUUCCUGUCUACUCCGCGUUACCUAGUGAGGUGCAAAGUCGAAUUUUCGAACCUGCCCCGCCUGGUGGCCGCAAAGUUGUCAUUGCAACCAACAUUGCCGAGACCUCGAUUACCAUCGACAACAUUUAUUAUGUCAUUGAUCCCGGCUUUGUGAAGCAGAAUGCCUAUGACCCGAAGCUCGGUAUGGACUCGCUUGUGGUGACACCCAUUUCCCAGGCACAAGCCAAGCAGCGAGCUGGCCGUGCAGGAAGAACCGGCCCUGGAAAAUGUUUCCGACUGUACACGGAGGCUGCCUACCAAUCCGAGAUGCUCCCCACGACCAUUCCUGAAAUCCAGCGUCAGAACCUAUCGCAUACCAUUCUUAUGCUCAAGGCAAUGGGUAUUAAUGAUCUUCUUCACUUCGAUUUCAUGGAUCCGCCACCCACUAAUACCAUGUUGACCGCUCUCGAGGAGUUGUAUGCCCUGUCAGCUUUGGAUGACGAAGGUUUACUGACCCGUCUCGGCCGCAAGAUGGCCGAUUUCCCUAUGGAACCCGCCCUUGCGAAGGUGCUUAUUGCCUCUGUCGACAUGGGCUGUUCUGAUGAGAUGCUCAGCAUCGUCGCUAUGCUUUCGAUUCAAUCAGUAUUCUACCGUCCAAAGGAAAAGCAGCAACAGGCCGACCAGAAGAAGGCCAAGUUCCACGACCCAUGCGGCGAUCAUCUAACCUUAUUGAAUGUCUACAACGGCUGGAAGAAUUCCAAGUUCAAUAACGCCUGGUGCUACGAAAACUUCAUCCAGGUCCGAGCAAUCGGCCGCGCGAAGGAUGUACGCAAUCAGCUGCUCGGCAUCAUGGACCGAUAUCGCCACAAGAUUAUCUCGUGUGGACGGAACACUACCAAAGUGCGACAGGCACUCUGCACCGGUUUCUUCCGGAAUGCGGCUCGCAAGGACCCUCAAGAAGGAUACAAGACGCUGGUGGAAGGCACGCCUGUUUACAUGCACCCUAGUUCUGCACUGUUCGGGAAACCGGCCGAGCAUGUCAUCUAUCAUACCCUAGUGCUCACCACCAAGGAGUAUAUGCAUUGCACCACUUCGAUCGAGCCGAAGUGGCUCGUGGAGGCAGCCCCGACUUUCUUCAAGGUGGCACCCACGGAUCGCUUGUCGAAGCGCAAGAAAGCCGAGCGUAUCCAGCCUCUUCACAAUCGGUUUGCUGGCGAGGACGAUUGGCGUCUCUCUGCCCAGCGUCGCCAAGGCAGAGGUGGUGGUGGAGGAACUUGGGGUUGA